AUGUCGGGCACACAGAAUUUGCGGCCGGCAAUGGGCUGCGCCAUGCGGCUCGCAAGCACGGCCAGAUCCUCCACCCUGGCGCAAUCACCAAUGGUCAGCAGUCGCGCGGCGCCAUUCUCGACGACGAGUCACAUGUGCAAGCGAAAGACCAGAGACAACAACAAGAAGCGCGGUGUCAGCAGCCUGUAUCGCUCCGGGCCGCGCGAGCCUCUUUCCAUGUCCAACGUGCCGCUGCCGAAACCUCGCGCCGACUAUAAGCCCGCCAUCGCCGUGGACGAGAGCCACGGCCUCUGGGGCUUCUUCCCGGAACCCAACAAGCUCAUGUGGACGCCGGCCGAGACGGAGAAGCAUGGACGGGCAUGGAGGGUCGAGGAGCUGCGUCGCAAGUCGUGGGAAGACCUGCACGCGCUGUGGUGGACGUGUUGCAGAGAGCGCAACAUGCUGGCGACUUCCAAGGCCGAGCUGGAGAGGACGAAAUUAGGCUUUGGCGAGCGAGAGAUCGAGGCUCGUGAGCUCGAGGUCAACAAGACGAUGAAGGCCAUCAAGCACACUCUGACCGAACGACAAUACACGUGGGAGGACGCGAUCGAAGUUGCCGAGUCGGACCCGGAGAUUGACCUGCAAGCGGAAGAUGGACAGUUCUACAAGCCAUCAGCAUACGAGGAGGAGGCUGAUGUGCCAGACACCUGGGCAUCCGAGGAGGUCACGCCCGAGGCCAGCAAAGGCGAGCCGACCAAGGUGCCAAGCUGA